AUGUCGAAUCAACAACAUCGUCGAAGCCGCGGGAGCGCGCCUUGUCUUGACUUCCCAAGUACUGCAGGACAUGUCAAGGUCGGGCUAGCUGAAGUGUUGACAAUGGACCUAGAAUUUGUGAGCAGUCUUCCAGCUACUCGAAUCAGGAAUCUAGAAUCGAACACUCGGCCAGGCGAUGUCGCUGUUGUCAUGUUUACGUCUGGAAGCACUGGUGUGCCAAAGUGCGUAGUUCUUUCUCACAAAGCCCUUUGCACCAUCAUUGAGCAACACACAAAGUUUCUGGGCAUGACUGGCAAGACUAGGACUUUGCACUUCCCCGCUUUUGUCUUUGAUGUUUGUAUACAUGAUAUCUUCAUGACUCUCUCGACAGGUGGUUGUGUCCGUGUCCCUACCGACGUGGAACGAAUGAAUAAUCUUGGGGCCGCCAUGGAGCGCAUGAAAGUCAACUGGGCAUGCCUGACCACUACCGUCGCAUCGACUCUGGUUUCCAUGUCUCCCGCUCCUAGCCAUGAGACUCUCAUUCUGGCUGGAGAAUCAAUUACGACAGAAGCAGUGGAGUAUUGGAACCCGAGGGUGAAGCAGCUGGGCAACAUGUAUGGUCCAUGCGAGUCUUCUGUCUUCGCGGUCGGCACGACUCACAUCAAUCCACGCGACCCGAUUUCCAGGCUGGGCCGAGACACUUGCGGCCAUGCAUGGGUUGUAGACCAGAACGACCACACAAAGAUUGUGGCGAUUGGCAGCGUGGGUGAGCUGUGCUCCAGGGUCCGUCUUUGGCUCGUUGCUACCUUGAUGACAGCGGAGAGACUGCCAAUAUGUUCGUCCCGGCUCCCUCAUUCUGCACUUCACGUAAUGGAGAUUUCUCCCGAUGCUUCCAGACGGGUGACCUGGCCAAAUUCUCAGGGGAUGGGUCGAUCCAUUACCUAG